ACACAGGAAAAGGUAUUUAAAUGUGAGACUUGAAGAGUUAAAGGAAUCUGUAGUUUACAUUCUUUAAGGCAAUUUAAGAUAUCUGGCAGUGAGAGGGUUAAGAGAGAAUUCGAUACACAAAUGAUAAUGAAAGUGAAAGGUACAGAUGUUCUAAAGGACAGUUCGAAAGACAUGUGUAUAUUAUCCUUGAACAUGGCUUCUGUACGAGAACAUAUAAUAGAAACUGUAGCCCUGGGGAGGCCGCUUCAGCUGGGAAUGCUGUACGACUGCAGAAAUGAUUCAAUAGUACCAGGAAUAACACUUUGGGAUCAACAACAGCUGCAGCAUAACAAAGAUGUUAGACCGCAACAUAACACAGAGUUCACAGUUGCAACUUCAGACACAAUUCAGACACAACAAUCUAAACAACUGAAAGUUGAUGGUGAACUGAAACUAAGUCUUUUGUGUGGGAUUAUCAGUGUUAGUGGUGCAGCCAGAUAUUUCAAUGAUACUAAAAAGUCAUUUAUACAACAAAGGUUGACGCUGCAUUAUAAGACAACCACCAAAUUCGAGCAGUUGACUAUGGAACAUCUGGCACAAGGACAAAUCGAUCACCAUGAGCUGUUUGAUCAUGAUAUGGCAACACAUGUGGUUGUAGCAGUUUUGUAUGGAGCAGAUGCCUACUUUGUAUUAGAUAAAGAGAUGAAUUUAUCAGAUGAGACAAAAGAUGUACAGGGAGAUGUAAAAAUCGCUGCUGACAAGCUAAAGUUCCUUUGUUUUACUGGGGCACAGGUAGAGUUAAACAUGAAUGAACAUGAAAAGGCUGCAGUAGGACAAAUGAAUUGUACAUUUUAUGGUGAUUUCAAGUUGUCCUCAAAUCCAACAACGUUUGAAGGUGCUGUGAAGGUUUAUCAUGAUCUUCCAAAGAUGCUUGGAGAAAAUGGAGAACAUGCAGUUCCAGUUAAAGUUUGGCUUUAUCCUCUGGAUAAACUGGACUCAAGAGCAGCCAAACCUCAAAGAAACAUCUCUACAGAUCUAAUUAGAGCUGUGGAAUCGGUAAUUGAGGAUUUGAAUGCCACAUCAAUGAGAUGUGGUGACCUGAUGGAAGACACAGUGGCAAAAACAUUUGGCACAUUUCACAAUCUUGUUCAGGACUUUCAGAAAUUCUGCACUGAGUAUAAAAAAGAUUUCAUGAUCAAUCUGCGGUCCAUCCUGCCAGAAAUCCGAGGAGGUAAAACAGAUAUAAAAGACCUAAGUGAACUUCUAGAAUCCCACGAGAAGUCUCCUUUUAGAAGCUGUGAUGUCCAGCAGUGGAUAACAAUGAAAGAAGAAAAAUCUAACCAAAUAAAAGCACUGCUAAAGCAGCUCAAGGAACUUGGAGCAGAAGUGAAUGCAGACAGAGACAAAUAUUUAUUAGACUUGAAUGUAGAGAAUUUGGUUUCUUACACUUUUACCUGUCUUCAGCACCCAGAGCCUCUCCUGACCCAACAAGAGAUCUACCUGAAACCUUCAACAGUAAAAAAACCCAGUGAAAAUACACUCAGUCUAGAUUUUCAGGAAAAAUCAUGGACCCUUGAGGAGCUCAAGUGCAUGAAGAAUAAUCUGAAGAUUUUUAAGGAUUUGAUCAAUUUAAAUAAAAGUAAUAAAAACACAAGGUUUAUUGUUGAGAGUGUGCCUCAAACACCAGAUAAACCCGGCUCCUGUGUUCUAAUAUAUGAAAAUGGAUGCAGUGAAGUUACCUGUUUUGUUCCUCCAUCAAAGCCAAAACCUCCAACUGUUGAAUAUGUCACAGAUAACAGCAUAAGGGUAAAGAUGAGCUCUUUGUGUGCUGCUACACUGAGGAUGCAACUACUUCACAAAAUGGAACAAGAGAAUAGCUGGAAAUCUCAGACUGUGACUGAUGAGAGUGUUACACUGUCAAAUCUUAAUGCAGGCACUGAUUAUGAAAUAAAAUGUGCAGCAGUAGGAAAAAUUGACUACAAGGUUGAAAGUGAUGUAACUGUAACAACUACUACAGGCUCUGUGAUAAUAAGCCAUGGAGCUAAAAGUCACCAGGCGCCUGCACAGACAUUGGGGAGAACAGUGGAGCUAUCUGGAAGCCAGAAAGAAGAGGGUGCAUCUGAAUUUGAUGCUGCUACAGAUCAAGCAUGUCAGAAAAAAAAAGAACUGGAAGAUUUUAAAAAGGAAAUAUUGGAAAAAAAAUCACUUCAAUUAUGUACAAAUAAUGAGUUAAUUAUCGCAACAGAACUGAAGUUGGUGCUGCUGGGGGGAGAUGAAUCUAAUAAUACUGCAGCAAAAAACAUUAUCAUUGGCAAAGAGGAAAUGAGCAAUGCAGCGGCAUGUACAGCUACAGUCACCCAGCAGAGCGAGAGCACACAGGAUAUAGCUGGGAUAAAGGUAAUGGUGGUGGACCUCGAUUCUCCUGAACUUUCUCUAGAUGAACUGAGCCAGACUUUGGAACCACAAGCCUUUCUCCUGGUCAUACCUGUAAAGUACUUAGAAGACAAAGUGCUCAGUGAAGAUGAAACACAAAUGACACUCAGGAAGAUGGAAAAGAUUUUUGGAAUGAGAUAUCAGAGAUACACCUUGAUCCUUUUCACUGUUUCUGAUGAGCUUCAGAAGAAGAAGAUUGAGGAGCUUAUCCAGUCAAAAGACCAGAAACUAGAGAAGGUCCUAGAGAAAUGUGGGAACAGGUUUUACUGUCUCAACAUUAAGGAGAGUGGAGACGGUUCUCAAGUCUCAGAGCUGUUGAAGAACAUAGAGAAGAUGGUGGAAGGGAAUAGAAAUGGAUCUGAGAAAUAUCAGAUUAUUAGUAAUAUGAAGGAAAGACAUGCCCAGAUUAGGAAAAUGCAAAGUCGAAUCCAUAAAGCUCUAGAAAAGUCUGUGCAGUUUGAUAAGGAGUUUGAAAAUGACCUAAAAUCUCUAGAGAAAAUUGACAAUAGUGAACCACAUGUAAAAAUAGUUACCCACACGAGAAGUGAAAAUAAGAUAAAAAUAGAGAUUGCGGAGCAAAUGGAGAUUAUGUUUAAUACACAACCGGAAGAAAACAGGCAGUUUAUUAAGGCCAUUUUGCCAGGAAACCAGCAACCUAUAUGGCUUUCACUGCCAGAUGAAGAGACCGAAACUGAAAAGUACAAUAUGCUUCAGCAACUUGAAAAAAAGUUCUCAAAAAUAAUGGAAAGUAUAUAUUGGUAAAUGAUUUGUGAAGAUGAAAUUGGGUGGAGAAACUGGGCAAGAGCUGUCGUGAAGGAGAGACCAUGAAUAUCCAAUGUAUGUGACUGAAAAAAUAAUCAAAUAGUCACUAAAGAUGUAUGUGUGCAAAUAUAAAAAAUGGCUUGGUGGCUUAGUGGUUAGCACGUUCGCCUCACACCUCCAGGGUCGGGGUUCGAUUCCCGCCUCCACCUUGUGUGUGUGGAGUUUGCAUGUUCUCCCCGUGCCUCGGGGGUUUCCUCCGGGUACUCCGGUUUCUUCCCCCGGUCCAAAGACAUGCAUGGUAGGUUGAUUGGCAUCUCUGGAAAAUUGUCCCUAGUGUGUGACUGUGUGAGUGAAUGAGAGUGUGUGUGUGCCCUGCGAUGGGUUGGCACUCCGUCCAGGGUGUAUCCUGCCUUGAUGCCCCAUGACGCCUGAGAUAGGCACAGGCUCCCCGUGACCCGAGGUAGUUCGGAUAAGCGGUAGAAAAUGAAUGAAUGAAUGAAUGAAAAUGUUUUUCACAAUGUAACCUGUAUUACUAAUAAAUGCUUGAAUUUGGAUAUCACCAUAUUGGGGCUCCUUUUGUGUCUAGUUAUUUAGAUUCUCCUUCCAUAACAUUUCAACAGCUGCCAACUGGGGCUCCCACAGGUACUUGGAUUAUAUUUAUACAUUUCCAGUCUAAUGUAUUAUUUGACUUUGGACAAUUUGGCCCUAUGUUUGGACCACAAACAAAAGUCGCCCAACAACUUGGUCUAGACUCUAGAGGCUUGCUCAAUGAUCCAAAAAAUCAACAGUAUGUCACUGUUGUUAUUUGAAAAUUCUUUAUUUUGGUCCUUAGUUAAAGAUAAAACAACCAGUGUUGCUUGUUGACUUUUGUAUUGUCAUAAAUGUUAAAAUUAUUGCAAACUUAACUAGGUAAUUGCACCCCAGUGUUACUAAGCUGGUUUUGAGCUGCAGUGUUGUCAUCAUCCACCAGGUGGCGCCACAGUCCACAGUCUGAAUGUAUACAUGGUUGUUAUUACCACGUGCGUUAAGCAGAGUUUCCAAACACGUCCUUUUGAAUAUUUAAGAUUAUAAAAUCAAAUCAAGUAAAUUACAAUAAAAUUCAACAAACUGUG